GUGUGUGUGUGUGUGUGUGUGUGUGUGUGUGUGUGUGUGUGUGUGUGUGUGCGUGUUAAAUAACCUCUAUGCAUCUGUGUUUUUCUAUUAUGUAAUUAUUUAGAAGCUUUAAUGAAGUAUCGUUCUAAGUACAAAUAAUGUGGUGUACAUUUUUUUACUAUAAGUGUAUUUAGCUAUAUUUCUUAAAAAUUAAAUAUGUUCUUUCAGGUGUAAGUAUCCAGAAUAACGUACUCACUUGUUCUAAAAAGGUGGUGAACCCCCUCCGGCGGCCUGCAUGGUCUCAGCUCAGCGCAGAUCUGUUCAACAAGUCAUCUCAACACAGACGGUGUUUUUGACAAUUCAAACCUACCAGAGCAAUUGAAGGGGAGGACCCCGUUAUCAAAAGGACAAACGCUGUUUGUUAAGGUCUGCUUUAAGGCCACACCAUCUGAAUAAGCUACACGUAGAUCACAUGUAAAACUGUUAUUGAUGUAUCCGCCAGGUAUGUUGACUUUACGUCCAUGAAUGUAGAAGCAAAGUGAAAUGUUUCUUCAGCGGUGCCACUGAUUUUUUUUGUUUUUAUGUUUUGUUUUUUUUGCGGGGGUGAUUUCUUAAAAACGGUCAAGCAUGGAUGAUUUAAAAGACGACGAAAAGUCCUUCAUCGAGGGUUUACCUGAUGUAAAUGAACUAUGCAGUGGUGAGGGCUUUGUGUACGAAGACAUGUCAUUUCCACAGUGGUCAGACAGUAACAGUGAGCUAAAUGACACAAUAACAGAUGUACGCGAGCCUACGCCCUUGACAGAAACAAGCCCCUAUACAGAUGGAGAAAGGUCCUUUCUGCAUGUAUUACCGGAUGUAAACGAAUUGUGCAGUGAUGAUGAUGAUGAAUUCAGAUAUAGGGACCUGUCAUUUCCGCAGUGUUCAGGCAGCAACAGUGAGUUAAAUGACGAGGGGUCAGCUGUAAACGAGCCCGCGGCCUUGUCAGAAACAAAUUCAAGCAGUCCAACAAAAACAUUAGGCGGUGCCUUGGAUUGGGUGAUAGACUGCUAUGCAGACCGAGGGCUUUUAGAGCAGCCUCUAGACAAUGCCCGCCGUCUGGAUGGACAAAAUAGCGAAGCUUCGCCCCACGCCUGCCUCCCCGUUUCCAGCAUGCAAGAUGACGGGUGUGUUAAUGACAGCUCGAAUGACUCAGAAUCACCCGCUUGCUCCAUGCAAAGUAACAGACAUGUUGAUCAGAAUGACACCCCGAAUGCUUCGGAAUCACCGGGCCCCCUGUCACAGUAUGGAGGAGGAGGCACUAGCAGAGAUGCCGAGCCAAGUGUUAUCUCUCGACCUGUAUUCGGUAACAUAGAAAUGAGACAGUCUCUAGUCCUACCGCCUAUUGGGGGUGAAGCAGACUUUGGAGUCUAUUUUCAGGGUCUGAUGAACAAUGUGCAUAACAUGCGUGCACAUGCUUUUGCACGGGCAGAAAGAGAAGAUAUCAUACAAAUUGAGUUACGUGGUGAAGAACUAAGGUUUAAUGUAUCAGCCAUUUUAAAUGGUCCCGAUGAUAAUCUGGAUGAUUUUGAGGAGGGGCUGUUCAAAGCCAUGCAAUCGAAUAUCAUGGUAAUGGCAGAAGGCAACAUGGAGCUCGUGGUUCAAAUUGUUCAGGCCCCCCGUGGGGGGGGUUCAGGGUAA